AUGGCCAACGAUUACCCUUUUGAAAUGAAACGUGAGGUUCCUGAAAAUUCGAAGGGCGAAAAGUUACAACCCAUUGUCCGUGUAGGCCCAAAGGGAUAUGCUUUCCCUGAGAAUUUCAAGAAUAUCGCAUCAGACAUCUACAACAUCGAAGUUAGAUCUAGUGAUGUUUUUGUCUUCAGUUUUCCAAGAUCAGGAACCACGUGGACACAAGAAUUAGUAUGGUUGGUUUUAAACGAUUUGGACUACGAAGCUGCUGCCAAAACUCCACUUACCGAGAGAUAUUUGUUUUUAGAGUUUUCAAUGAUCUUCGACGAAGGUCUAAAGGAAAAGUUGUACGAAGCCAACAAGCAUGAUGAAGAUCUUCUUAAAGAUGCGAAGUUCGUUAGCGAUCCAGUGUUCGAUUUGAUUAAGAAACAGGACUCGCCGCGUUUCUUUAAGAGCCACCUACCGUUAUCCUUGUUACCCCCAAGUGCUUUAAAGGCCAAAAUGGUCCACGUAGCGAGAGACCCGAGAGACGCUAUGCUAUCCUUCUACCAUUUAAUGAAUUCUAUGACCUUAUCUAAUUUACGAGGAGACUUCAAGGACUUUUGGGAGGCUGCUAUUAAAGAUUUGCAUUCCUGGACCCCAUACUUUGAGAACGUCAAAGAGUCAUGGGAGAUGAGAGAUCAUCCUAACCUACUAUUUUUGUUCUACGAAGAUAUGAGAAAGGAUCUACCAUCGGCUGUCCGUCGCGUCUGCGAUUUCUUUGGUAAGAAAUACAACAAUGAACAAAUUGCACGACUCUGUGACCACCUUAGUUUUGAAAGCUUCAAGAAUAAUCCUUCUGUCAACUAUGAUCUAAUGAAGGAGCUCGGUUUGAUGAAGAGUGAUAAAGAGUUUGUGAGAAAAGGCAAAUCCGGCGGAUGGCGGGAAAACUUUGACGAAGAGAUGACGGCGCAAGCGGAAAAGUGGAUCGCGGAUAAUUUGAAGGACACUGAUAUGAAAUUUCCCAGCAUGCAAUAA